GAAAAGGGAAAAAAGAAAACAAAGAAGAGCGUUAUCUCUCUCAAUCCCUUGUGAGCUUGAUUCUUCUCUUCUGCUCACAAUGGCUUGCACCCUCGCAGAUUCAUUAUUCCUUUUCAAGGGCUCUCAUAAGAAGCCAGUUUUCAAGACAAACAUUGCUGCUGCGCAAUGCUCUCCAGCCAUGUUUAGUUUGAACUGUGAGGGGCUUAUACGGAAAGGGUUAAGGCAUCAAAGGCAUUUUGUUGGUAGGAAUAGAGUCACUGUUGUACGUGCUGUGGCAAUUCCAGUAGAACCAGUGGAAGCUGAAAGUGCUGAGUACAGAAAACAAUUAGCUGAAAACUAUGGUUUCAGCCAAAUUGGAGAACAGCUUCCAGAUGAUGUUACUUUAAAGGAUGUUAUUAAUUCCCUUCCCAAGAAGGUCUUUGAGAUUGAUGAUGUAAAAGCAUGGAAAUCUGUUUUGAUAUCUGUCACUUCCUAUGCCCUGGGGCUCUUCAUGAUUUCCAAAGCUCCCUGGUAUCUUCUUCCUCUGGCUUGGGCAUGGACUGGGACUGCAAUAACAGGGUUCUUUGUUAUAGGACAUGAUUGUGCUCACAAAUCUUUUUCAACGAACAAAUUGGUAGAAGACAUUGUCGGAACUCUGGCCUUUAUGCCACUGAUUUAUCCAUAUGAGCCAUGGCGAUUUAAGCACGACAGGCAUCAUGCAAAAACAAACAUGUUGUAUGAAGAUACUGCUUGGCACCCUGUUUGGAAGGAUGAGUUUGAAUCAUCUCCAACUUUGAGGAAAGUAAUAAUAUAUGGAUAUGGUCCUUUUCGAUGUUGGAUGUCUAUAGCACACUGGUUGAUGUGGCACUUUGAUUUGAAGAAAUUCAGACCAAAUGAAGUGAAUAGAGUGAAGAUAAGUUUAGCUUGUGUUUUUGCCUUUAUGGCAAUUGGAUGGCCAUUAAUUAUUUACAAGACUGGAAUAAUGGGAUGGAUAAAAUUCUGGCUGAUGCCAUGGUUGGGCUAUCACUUCUGGAUGAGUACUUUUACCAUGGUACAUCAUACUGCACCGCACAUACCAUUCAAAUAUUCAGAAGAGUGGAAUGCUGCACAAGCACAGCUUAAUGGAACUGUUCAUUGUGAUUACCCUAAAUGGAUUGAGAUCCUAUGUCACGAUAUUAAUGUCCAUAUUCCUCACCACAUAUCCCCGAGGAUACCAAGCUAUAAUUUAAGAGCAGCCCAUAAGUCUCUCCAAGAAAAUUGGGGACAGUAUCUGAAUGAGGCUAGUUGGAAUUGGAGAUUGAUGAAGACAAUCAUGACAGUGUGUCAUGUGUACGACAAAGGGCAAAAUUAUGUUGCCUUCGACGAACUUGCCCCUGAAGACUCUCACCCAAUUACAUUUUUGAAGGAAGCCAUGCCUGAUUAUGCCUAAUUAGGUCCACGCUGGCUUUCUUCUCAUAUGAAAUUUUUUAUGUAUCAAAUUAGGUUGGUAUGCCGUUCAAUUUCUUUUUACAUGUUCGUUCUUUGUCUAAUAGGGUUUUGUUUUUCCUAUCACGUAUAAAGAGAAAAUUGCUUGCUGCUAUCGAUAAUCAUGUUACCAAGUUGCGGAUUAUCCAAGGCCAAGCCCCAAGAAGCAUUCAUUAGGUUAAAGUAGAUGGGUAAUCUUUACAGCGAGGUUCUUGCCAGAUAUACACGUUGGGAGAACAUUGUAUUAUAUAUUUUAAUAUAUAAAGUUGUCCAACGGAUAAGAAAACACGUGGAGUUGCACAGUGGUUUGAGCGCAAUGAAUUAUGCUGAGUACUGCCAAUAUUAUUGCUGGGUAUUUUUUUUUC